AUGGUGCACGUGCAUCGAAGUGAAAAAAGACUCGCGGUAGAAGGCCCCCCAGUCAGAAGCUUGUGUCAGAGAGUAUGUACACAUACAACAAUGGGCCUGCAUGGCAGCCUGUCUGUGCAUACAUCCGUCUUCCCGAGAUACCAGAGCCAAGGACCGAUAAAGGAUUUUGACGCGCUCAGGCAUAUCGGACGAAGUUGGACCUUAGAGGUAGGUAACAUGAGGGGUAGAAGCGGCAUGACCACGUAA